CGCUGUUUGACCCUCGCCGGUGUUGAAUCGGCUGCUGGUGGUGAACUGGAGCGGGGAGAAGAGGAGGCUGCCGCCAGGAGUGUGGGGCGGCGCAGCCGCUCGGAGUUGAAGCCAGUGGUGGUGCGACCUGGGAGUGAGGCCCCUCUUUGUGGCGCGUGCAGGAGCUGCAGGCUGGGAGAGCUGGGUGUAGCAGCAGGAGGCGGAAGUGUGGCUGCUUGAAAUCUGAAGCAGCGGCAGAGGGGAUCCAAAGUGACAGAUUAAGGGUGUGUUGCCUGAAUCUGAAUCUGUUUGUGGGUUGUUUCUGCUGUGAGUGGAAAGAAGAACAGAGCAAUAUACCAAGGAGAGGUGUGCCAGGAUGGCUGAUGGUGCUCCAACAGGUGUCACGGCAGGAGAGCUUGCAGCGGUGUUGAGAGCCAUGGACGAGAAGUACAGAUUGCUGUUUGAGACUAUUGGGAAGCAAGGAGAGAGUUCGAAGUUAGAGGCAGAGGUCAAGGAAGAUAUCCAUCCAUUGCAGAUGCCCCUGGUGAAGUUAGAAGGAUCUGAAACCUAUGCAAGUUGGGCAGAACAUGCGGAGACUAUUCUUGUGUCAAGAAGGCUAGAGGGCUAUAUUCUUGGGGCAAUUGAAAAACCAGCAGAUGAGAACUCUAAGGAAGGUCAAAAGUGGAAGAUGACCAACGCAUUAGUGAGAGCAUGGCUGUUGAGUUCAGUUUCACCUAAAAUUGCUAAACAAGUGGAAAGGAUUAAGGAAGCAUCAGAAAUUUGGCGGCUGCUGAAAGGCACAUAUUCUGGAGUCGGCAAUGAGAUGCUUGCUUGUAGAAUUCAGAGGGAGUUGCAAGGGUUGAGUCAGGGUGAUAAAUCAGUUGUGGAGUAUGUGUCUGAGUUGAAGAGAUUGUGGAGUGACAUUGACUAUUUUGACCCAGUUGAGAUGGAGUGUGGCAAGUGUAUUGAGAAAUUUAACAAAUGGACUGAAAGGAGACGUGUAAGGGACUUCCUAAAUGGACUUCAUCCUAAGUUUGAAAACAGGAGGGCUGCACUCUAUGGUAGUGGAAAGCUGCCUACACUCGAGCAGGCAAUCUCAGCUAUCAUCAGUGAGGAAACUAGGUUGAAAUUAGAGGCAGCCAGUUCCGUGACACAAGGCAUCAUGCAUCGGCGAUCAGCACUCUAUGCAACAGAGGGUGGAAAUUAUCAAAAGCCGGUAUCAAACAUAGUGGAAAGGAAAUGCUUUGAGUGUGGUGAACCAGGACAUUUGAGGUCUUCAUGCCCUGAAUUAAUGGGAGCAGGUAGAGGAAGAGGGCAGGACUGGCGGGGAAGAGGGCGUGGUCGUGGGUUUGAAGGACGAGGUGGCCGCGGGCGAGGAACACGCCCUACUGGUAGAGCGAACACAUCUCUAAUCUCUGAAAAUACCACUCAAACCAUGAGCGUUCACAUGACUGCUGAGGAUUGGGAGAAGUGGUGUCAAUUCAAGGAGCUACAUUUAGGUGACAAGUCAACCGCUGAAGCACCUGCAACAUCUGCCUCUACGGCCUCUGCAAAUUUCGGUGGAACUUGGGACUGGAAGAAGACUUGGGACAGGGAGCAUGCAUGAUGGGUUGUAUUAUCUGGAUAAUAAUAUGUCUCCUGCGGUAGUAGCAGCUGCUAUACCUCUUUCACCACUUGAAGAAUUUCUUCUCCACCACCGCAGGCUAGGACAUAUGUCUUUUGUCACUCUCGGUCAACUUUAUCCUGAUCUCUAUAAGAAAGUUAGCAAGGGGUGUCUAGUAUGUGAUGCUUGUCAAUAUGGCAAACAGACACGUAGCUCUUACACAUCAUCUGAUAAUAGAAGUGACACACCACUUCAAGUUAUACAUUCUGAUGUGUGGGGUCCUAGUGGUGUUUCAUCUUUAAAUGGUUAUCGGUCGUUUGUUACCUUUAUUGAUUGUUGUACUAGAGUCACUUGGGUUUAUGUGUUGAGGAACAAGAAUGAUGUGUUCGAAUGCUUUGUUGAUUUCCACAAUAUGAUCAGAACACAAUAUAAUGCAUGUAUGAAAAUAUUUCGCACUGACAAUGGCACGGAGUAUGUGAACAAGGAAUUUGAUGAGUACUUUUCAAGUUUUGGGAUUAUUCAUCAGACAACUUGUCCAGGUACUUCGGAGCAGAAUGGUUUGGCAGAGAGGAAGAAUAGACAUCUUCUAGAAAUCACUCGUUGCAUAAUGACAUCUAUGAAUGUUCCUAAGUUUUUGUGGGGUGAGGC